GCCCCAAGUAACUUCUCAGUGACGGCGAGCAACUCUACCAGUAUCACAGCAUCUUGGCAGUUACCACCAGCAGACUCCAGAAAUGGAGUCAUCACAGGAUUCAAAUUAUUCUUCAAAAAGAGAGGCUCAGCAGGAUUACCGGCUGCUUUAACUAUGAGCAACGGACAAAUUCGUUUUAAACAUGUGACUGGGCUUGAUAAAUACUCCGAAUAUGAAUUUCAAGUGUUAGCGUUCACUUCUACGGGUGAUGGACCAAGGAGUGCUGUUGCUGUCGAGAGGACAAUGGAAGAUGGUAGGAUUAUUCCUCUUGUUUAUUGGUCUUGA